CCAGGCUGCUGAGCCAGGUGGGGCCAUGGCAGGCCUAGGCUGCCUGGAGCUGGGACUGUUCUGCUGGGUUCUGCUUGCUGUCCCUGUGGGUCCCCAGCCUGCUUCCUCUGCGCCAGGUGCCCCUAUCACCACUCUGACCCCACCACCUCAGAGCGAGGCCUCUAUGCUGUCUCUCAACCUGGGACUAAACUUCAAAUUCCAUCUUCGGGGACCUGCUGCUGUCUGGGGGAGCCCUGUCACAGAGACCCACCCUCUCUCUCCUGGGCUAGGCCAGGAGUCCGGCAAAGAGGUGGAAAGGGAUCUCAGGGCUGAUCCUCUUUGGGAACUGCUGGUGGGUUCCCCUGGGAACUACAUCUCAGAAUGGGGCUCUGCUGAUGGCAGCUCUACGCCCUGGGCCUCCUCCCUGCCUCCUGAGUCCACACCCCCCCUCUCAGGGCCCGCUGCUCCGUCUCAGCCUAGGGUGGGCACUGUGACCUGGGCCACUGCUCUGACAGCCACAGCGCCUCCAACCAGUGCUCCCAGGCUUCAUCAGAGUGAGCUGGAGCUGAAAUUUGGUGUGGCAUUGAGAGCGGGGGCAGCUCCCACCCUUGGUCAUCGCGCGCUGCCCCUGCUGCCCAGCCUGCGGGCCAGCCUGGCAGAGAUCGCUGGGCGCCUGGGACCCUUUGGGUUCUUUGGAACUACUCUGUCCCCACUCCGGAACUUCUCAGGCCAGAGCUCCCCAGGCACAACCGCACAUCCAAGCUCUGCUUUGGGAGUGUCAGAUUCUCCAGGGCUCUUUGGAACCAUUCCGUCCCUACCUCCACCUCUCCUGGAGAGAAAGUUCUCAAGCUCAAGCCUGUUGGACUCCGUGGCUUCCCCAAGCUCUGCCUCAAUCAAGACAACACCAACACAACAUGAGCCCUCUGUCUCCACUUCUGGUCCAUACGAACCCUUUCCUGCCAGUUUCGGGAAUCCUUCAGUACAGCCUGAAUGUGAGCCAGAUUCUUGUAGUGAGUCAGAGUUGCCCGAUGACCUGGGGCAGCCUCCUGCCUCCCCACUGCCUCUCUUCUUCUUGACCCUGGAGGCCGACUGGGCAGAGGCCAAGGCUCGCUGGGGCCUGGCCUGGGAAGCCCACGUCUAUGGGGCAGGAGCCCUUUUUGGCCUGGUGGCCCUGCUGGCUCUGUUGGCUCUGGCCCUCUUGCCCUGGCGUUGCCCUCCGGGCGCCCCCUGCCUGGCGUUGCUGGAUCUGCUGCUGCUCUCGGCGGGGACCACUCGGGCCUUCCCGCUCUUCUACGACGCCUACGGGCACGGCGACCGGCUGCCGACGCUCGCCUGGCUGCUGCUGCAGGACCUUCCGCAGCCCUGCCUAGCUGCAGGCCUGGGGCUGGCUUGCCUGCUGCUGUCCCGGCCGCGCUCACCGCGGUGCCCCGCCGGCUUGGCUGCACUGCUGCUCCUGGCGCUGGGGCUGGCGGCCGCGGCCACCCUGGGGAGCGCAGUGCACCGGCCCCUGCGGCCGCUGCGGCUCGCCUCCCGCGGCCUUCACGCCUUCCUCGCGGCCUUCCUGUCGGCGCUCCUGCUGGCGCUCUCUUGCUGGGGCGGCCCGCGGCGGCGAGCCGGAGCACCCCUGGGAGGAUCUGGCUUCAAGGGCGCCACGCCUGUCCCGCAAGUGCGCAGCCCCUUCGCCCCGCGCGAGUCCUGGAGGCGCGCGGCGCGCACAGCCCCGGUGGCCGGCACCUUUGGGCUGCUGAGCGGAGCCCUGCAGGGCUAUGAGGUGCUUCACGCCCUGGGCUACGGCGCUCAAGUCGGCUUGGAGGGGCCCUGGCCCUGGUGGGCCUUCCAGCUAGGGCUGCGCCUGGGCGAGGUGGGUGUCGCGCUCCCCUUGGCGCUGCUGGGUCUCUACCCCGCGCUCUGCAGCCCACGUGUGCCGAGGCGCUGCUGGGCCAAGCUCUUCCGAUUGUCGCCGGGACAUGCUGCCCCGCUGCUGCCAGGAGGCUGGGUCCCUGGAACCCGGGACAAGGAGCCCCUGGGUGGCGCGAUUGCGCGUGGGGACGCGGAGCUGCUGCAGCUGUGUGCUCUAGCUGGCCCGGGCCCCGACCUCCUACUCCAGGGUGGCGGCUGCCGGGGCUUCGAAGGUGCUGGAGGCAAACCUACGCGAUCCACAGCCUCCUCCCCUAGCAGUGAUUGCACGGUGGACUUCCGCCCGCCUUCACCCAUCAACCUGCGGCGCAGCAUCGAGGAGGCCCUCUGCAGUGAGGCGCUGCUGGCUCCUGGCCUUUUCCAGGGCUCUGCCAUUGGGGAAGUCCUUCCCGGGCUCGGCCUCUGCCGCACGGUCUCACUGGGGAACAAGGCAGGGGCGGGACCCAGUGAGAGAUCGGACAAGGUCCCCGGAUCCCCAGCGCCUCCCGAGCUCCCUUCUCCUGGGGCCUGGCCCGCAGGUAGCAGCGCCUCAUCUGGCUCUCUGUGUGGACUCUCACGGGACAGCUCGUCCAUGCUUCUGUGUUCCAGUCCCGACAGGCCCCCGCGCUGUCCGCUAGUCUGCGUCCUCAGUCCCCCGCGGCCCUCAGAAAGCAGCCCCAGCCUCCCGGCCUCAGGAUCCUACCAGGCCCUAUCCCCACCCUCCCGCGACUCCCCUGAACAUUCUUCUGAGCUGCAGGCUGAGGAGGCAUUGCUACAAGAGCAAUUCCUGGAUGCCUGCCGACAGAUUGACGAGCUGAGCGUGGGCAGCGACACCAUAGACCUGUGAAGAGGCGGCCAUCUCACAGCCA